AUGGUGGUGUUAUUCACUGAGUCUAUACGUGGCCAGAGUGAUACUUUCUCGCAGUAUAUAAAACUCUACAAAACACUUGAAAACAGGAUGUACGGUAAAAUUCGACCAGUUACUAACCAAUCAAAACCAGUCACUGUAGAUUAUAGUGUUCAUUUGUUAGGAAUAAAAGGACUAGACGAAAAGGAACAACUAUUGGAAUGUUCGAUUGCUCUUACUUGUCGCUGGACGUAUGAAAAUUUGAAGUGGAAUGCGUCUGAAUUUGGUAAUGUCAAAACGCUGAACUUCUCACCAAAGUUUGCAUGGAUACCUGAUCUUACAAUCGGUAAUUCAGUAGACUCGAUUUUUGUACUUACUGAAGACAGUGGAAAUAUGAAUCGAAUAAAGGUCAUGAGUAAUGGUCAUGCAGAAUGGGUUACUGGCGGGAACAUACGUACAGCAUGUCAAAUAGAUAUAACAAAAUAUCCAUUUGACUCUCAAUCGUGCACCAUCAUCAUUGGUAAACUUGAGUAUGACAGUGAAGUAUAUCUAUCUAUAUCAUCUAAGAUAGUUUCGACGACGACUUUUGAAAAGAAUGGCGAGUGGAAGUUGAAAAGCGCCGUGAUAGAGGAAAGAUUAGUCCAUGAGGACGUUACACAAAUUUAUGUUACAUUAAAUUUAUCGCGAUACUGGUUAUUUUAUGUGGUUAACGUUCUGUUGCCCGUGGCACUUCUAUCUAUUAUGAUGGUUUUCAGCUUUAAGAUACCGCCCGUUAGCGGGGAACGUUUAGGCUACAAUAUGUCUUUACUCCUGACAUUUGUUGUUCUUCUAAAUUUGAUUGGAGAAUCUAUGCCUAGAGUAUCUAAACAAGUGUCAUACCUUCAGUUGUACGUAAGUUAUCAGCUUAGUAUGUCAGUAGUGAUCACAAUGUUGUCAAUUUGGCAGGUGAGAUUACAUUUUACCAAAUCCAAAACAAGCAUCCCCUUUAUUCUUAAACUUUAUUCUUUCUUCUGCCGAUGCAGAAAACCAAAGCGUGUUACAUCAAACAAUGUACAAGACGACAGUACCCUUGGAAAAACAACAGCAGUUGAAAACAAAGAGCAGAUUCAAUCAAGAACGGUUAAUCAAAUGACCCUGGAUGAAGAUGUCGUCACACAGAACAUGCACAAGAUCAAACGCCAGUCCCAAACUGGGGGAAGUGGAGGACAAGCUCCAAGCUUUGAUCCAAACAGCGUUAAUCAAUUAACAGCCAAAAUGUUAGACCCUAGCAAACAACAGCUCGGUGCUAGCAAUGGUGCUGGCUCGGUUAAUGGUGCAUCGUUUGAUCCUGAUCAGUUCAACACAAUGAAGUUUAAUUUCUUUAACCCUCAAGCUCAGUCAAGCGAUGGCAGUGGCAGUAGUAGUGGUUGCAGCAGCGGGGGCGGAUCUGCACCGACUUUUGACGCAAACAAAGUCAAUCAAGUGCAGAUAUAUUUUCUAGACCCUUCCCAGCCCAAACUAGGUCAGGGUGGGGCGGAGGGGGCAGCUGAUCUACUGGAAAUUUUGACCCAGAUAAAUACAACUCGAUGUCUUUUAACUUUUUCAACCCACAAGCUCAAGUUGGGAGAUAAAUUGAAAAUGCAAAUGUGUAAUAAAGUGCUGAUAAAACCAGCUACAAUUCUGUGUAAGCCUCAGUUAUAA